GAUAAGAUGGCGGUGGAAAACAUCGGAGAAGGAGAAUCUCAGGAUGAGAAGGAAAUCCUUAUUAAAAAAGAUGCACAAGACAGCGGUGAGAUUGUCGAGAGCACAAAAACUAAAGCAUCCAAACUAAUAUUGUAUCACUGGACUCAAUCGUUCAGCUCUCAGAAGGUGAGGCUGGCAAUAGCUGAGAAAGGUCUGCAGUGUGAGGAUUAUGAUGUGAGUCUUCCUCUGAGUGAGCACAAUGAGCCCUGGUUUAUGCGUCUGAACCCCACUGGAGAAGUGCCUGUGCUGGUGCAUGACAAUCAUGUCAUCUGUGAUCCCACACAAAUCAUGGACUAUCUGGAGCAGAACUUCUGUGAUGAACAAACUCCAAAGCUGAUCCCAGAAGAGGGAAGCACGUAUUAUCAUCGAGUACAGCAUUACAGAGAACUGCUGGACUCCCUGCAGAUGGAUGCCUACACCCACGGCUGUAUUCUCCACCCAGAGAUCACCGUAGACUCCCACAUACCAGCCUAUGCCACUACACACAUUCGCACACAGAUUGGAAACACUGAAUCUGAGCUGAAGAAACUAGCAGUAGAGAAUCCUGAUCUUAAAGAUGCUUAUAUUGCAAAACAAAGGCGUCUAAAAAGUAAAUUAUUUGACCAUGAUAACAUGAAAUACCUAAAGAAGCUCCUGGAUGAACUAGAGAAUGUUCUGGAUCAAGUUGAGACGGAGCUGCAGAGGAGGAGUGAGGAGACACCAGAAGAGGGCAGUCAGCAGGCUUGGCUCUGUGGAGAUUUCUUCAGUAUUGCUGAUGUCUCCCUCGCUGUCACCCUUCACCGCCUCAAGUUCCUAGGCCUGUCCCGACGCUACUGGGGAAAUGGGAUGAGAGUCAACCUGGAGACCUAUUACGAACGUGUCCUGGAUCGGCCCACAUUUCGCAGAGUGCUUGGACAUGUCAAUAACAUCCUCAUAUCCGCUGUGCUGCCCACUGCAUUCAGGGUGGCAAAGAAGAAGGCUCCAGCAUUUGUUGGUGCCACACUAUUGGUUGGGUUGAUCGGGGGCGCCACUUAUUUGGCUUUCAUUUAUUUUAAAAAGAGACUUCUUGUGUCUUAAGAGAGCUACCGAGACUCAUUCAGCUUUGCUUAUACUAAAACAGAUUGAUGACGGUUGCACAAAAAGCUAUUUUAGGCCAUAAUAAGAUGUGAGGUAGUUUUGAAAACACACACACGCACAAUGUAUCUUUUUAGUGCAAUGUUCAUUAAACCAACUUACAUGGGUUCAAUUAUAUGCUGUCCUUCAUGGCCUAAAUGUGUUUUGUGCUAAUCAUAAUUACAGAAAAAUCAGAGUACACUGAUUUCCUAGCAUUAACCAUAUAUACAGUAAAUAUAUGUAAUUAGGAUAAAACAUUUGUCUGUUUUACACUGGUCAAAUCAUAUGCUAUAUACAACAGUUUGUCUUCACUGAAAAAUUAAAUACAAUAAAUCAUA